AUGUCUGUGUCUAAAGGAGUGUGGUCAAAGUUUGUGAAGCGGUCGCCAACUUUGGCGUUACGCAACAAGGCUCUCCGAACUGCUUUGCUGAGCCCUGAUCUUCCGUCUGGCCCAGUUUCUUUGCGGUCUAAAGCCAGCAGAAGGAAAUACCAAUCGAUCGAAGGUCUUGACCAAAUCUACCCGCUAGCAUACGAGAUUUUGGAGAAGCGCAGUGAAGACAUCUACUCGAAAAUUGAAAGCCUCGAUCAGAACAGUCCAACGUACGCUGAGCAAAAGGAGAAACUUGAGGUCGCGGCUGAAAAAUUCAACCCUGAGGUUGUGUAUAUGGCAGAGUACAUGAAAAAUAGCCUCGACAGAACUCAGCCCGUUUUCAGACACUACCUGAAGAAAACAUGGGAGGGCUACUCCAAAAUGCUGCUCAUGCAGAGACUUGAAACUUUGGCUGUUAUCCCAGACACACUUCCUACCCUGGAGCCAGAGGUCGAGGUCAAGCUAAAGUUCCCACAUAACAAUCAAGAUAGAUGGAUACAACCGGGAACUUUGCUCUCAUCAAACGUUACCAAAAUGCCACCUUCGCUCGAAGUGAUUGAGUUCAAAGAGACUACUGGUGACCUGUAUACCGUCUUGAUGGUCGAUCCGGACACUCCCGAUCUCGCUCAAGACAGCUACUCUACUACGCUUCUAUGGGGAGUUAAAGAUGUCAAGCUCUCUAACACAGACUCCAUGAUUGACGCCAAAAAACUGAUGCAAAACGAAGACUGCGAGUUUGUUGAGUACCUGCCCCCAGUUUGUGAGAAAAACACUGGAAAGCACAGAAUUGCAUUUUGGGUGUUCAGGCAGGACGGCCCGCUGACAAACGCUCCUAAAGGACUGAAAAGAGAAUUUUUCAAGAUUAGACAAUUUGUGGAGGACAAUAAGCUCACACCGGUUGGGGCGCAUGUCAUCCGUACGUUGUGGGACAGAAACACAGAGAACGUUAGAAAGAUGUACGGCCUUCCCGAGGGACGUGUUUUCACCAGGGAACGGGUGCCAUUCUUGAAGAAUUGA